GAGAAAGCAGCUUUGGCCAUGGAAUCCUAGAGAUGAAGAACGAGACAUGGGCACUAUGGACAUGGUAUAGGAAUCAAGACUCGAACAGCGAAGUGGGAGAUCAGAUUUACAUUGUGAGACAACCUGACCAAUGUCCGCAUCACAACCGCCUUGUUAACCAUUGCUAAGCUCAAAGUUAAAAAAACAGAGAUGGUCUAAUAAAUGAAAUGUUUUGGGACUUCUUUGAUGUAACACUUUUUCCCCAAUAAACAAAAAAGUAAAGAGUUUCAAAACUUCCCAAUAAUAAACAAAAAGUUUGUAUCUAAAAGAUCUCUCAAGGAACUCAAGGACGAAGUUGCUGUAAACAGGACAAUGGCCUUUCUGAGCCAAAAGCCAUAAGCUCUUUAGAACAGAGCUUACAAAACGUGUGACCACAAGGUGAGAAAGAUGCGCCUUUGAUUUUCACCAUGCAAGCGAUGAUACGCAGCAACUAAGCUCUCCUUCUGCUUCUUGAAUCGCAACCGCUUCCCUCGUCGACAUCUGCCUCUCUUCCACGACCCAUGACGAUCGGAUGACGUCGUCUAUUAUCUUCUU